CGGUUCAGCGAGGAAAUCCACAAGGAAAAGUCACGAGCCUCCUUUAUAUUUUUUACAUAAGUUUUGUGUCCUCCGGAGUUUUAAAGCAAUUUUAUCGUCUAUCAAUAACUGAAAAUGCUCGUUUUGUUCGGAUUUUAGCGGAAAACUCUCUCAACUAUGAAUAAUUUUAACAGAUUUGGUCAUUUACUGGGUGUGAUUCACGUCGGAAAUGCAUACUGCAAAUUUUUGGUGUAUGCAGCGAAAAAUGCCGAAAUUUUGACGUGUCACGAAGUGAAGCUGACCGAAAUUUCAAAUUUACCGGGAUGGUCGGAGUUUGAUGGGAAUGCCAUUUGGCGGUCUGUGCUCGAGUGCAUCGAAAUAUCGAUUAAGAAUCUCCUCAUAUUGGACAUAAAUCCGGCAGAUAUUGUCGCGCUCGGGAUUUGUAAUCAGCGGGAAACGACAAUUUUGUGGGAUUCGAAGACGGGAUUGCCGGUUUAUAAUGCCAUAGCCUCUAGUGAUACGAGGACCGGCGACAUCCUCUCCCGCAUCCUCUCGAAGACAAAAAACAAAAUAAAUUACCUGAAAGAAGCCACAGGACUGCCACUCAGCACGUGUUUCAGCGCAAUCAAGAUCAAAUGGCUCCUCGAAAACGUCAAAGAAGCUCGUGACGCCAUCGAAACAGAAACGUGUCUCUUUGGGACUCUCGACACCUGGAUUUUAUGGAAUUUAACGGGCGGCACAGAUAGCGGCGUUCAUGCCACCGACGUCACAAACGCUAGUCGAACGAUGCUCAUGAACAUCGAAACUUUGCAAUGGGACUCGCGACUCACAGAAUUUUUUGGCAUUCCCGCCAAAAUUUUACCGCAAAUAAAAUCCUGCGCCGAAAUUUACGGAUAUGUGAAUGCGGGUUUGUUGACUGGCGUCCCAAUUGCGGCGAUGAUGGGCGAUCAGCAGGCAGCUCUCUUGGGUCAGUUGUGCGUCAAAGCAGGCUCCAUCACGUGCAACUACAACGAAGGAUGCUCGAUGCUCUUCAAUACGGGCCAAGAAAUCAUAAAUUCGGAUCACGGAUUGCUCAGUACGGUCGCUUUUAAGCUGGGGCCCGAUGCGGAAACGUUUUAUGCGCUCGAAGGCACGGCGCCAUGUGCCGGAACUGCCAUUUCAUGGCUUCACGAUACUCUUAUGAUUCCAUCACAGCAACCAAAUAACACAAAUAGUCCAUGUAACAGUACCUUAGUGCAUAGUUAUAGUGAUCCUCAGGUAAUUACGGCAGCAAUUAACGCCUCCUCGUAUGCCGGCGUGACAUAUUUGAACCCCUUGCUGCUUAAUAAUAAUUUCCAGCAGCAACGAACGCGCGUUAAUGACGCCAUUUGUGAUGAAGUUACCUUCGUACCGGCAUUUAGUGGAUGGUAUUCGCCAUAUUGGAAGUACAAUUCGCGCGGAAUCAUCACGGGACUCACUUCGCAGACGAAACCGCAACAAAUUGUGUAUGCCACGUACGAAGCAAUUGCAUUUCAGACGCGACAAUUCCUUGAAUCGCUUAAAAGUGACUGUCGGAUGUGGCCCACGAUCGAUCGGUUGCUGGUUGGAGGCGAUAUUGUGGCAGACAAUAACAUAAUUUUGCAGUUAAUUGCCGAUUUGUGCGGAAUAUCCAUUGAAAAGCCGCAGACGACGUCGCCUCCGUGUCUUGGAGCGAUGCUGGCAGCUGGAUUGGCGAUGAAAAUUCUCACCUUGGAUCAUUUUAGGACGUAUUGCGUACCGCCAGUUGAUGUGUUUCAGGCUUCCAUUGGAGAUUCUCAACGUGACGCAAAAUUCGCCCGCUGGAUGAAAGCUGUGCAAAAAUCCCUUCGGCUUGAGCAAAGCAAGGACUCCAGUAACCCCGAUUCCGACGAAAUGACGCUUUUCCGAGACAAAAGUAACGAAAGACCCGUCAGUUACUCAAUUCCCGGAACAAUUUUCCUCUUUACCUCUUUUACCAUUUUACUGAUCGCUGAGAUGCUUCAGAAGAAGUGAACUUGGAGCAACUAGACCGAAGAAUGCCAUAACCUAAAGAAAA